AUGGCGACAUGCAGGAUCCUCGCUCGCCAGUGUGCGCUGCAUAUGCGAUACAGGCCUCUGACUCACUCGCUCCGUCAAUUGCCUAGACGCAACCCCCUCCCCCGAAGCUAUGCAACCUCGGUGGCCGCCGCGGAACUCAAAUUCGGCCAGCCGUUGCAUGAAACACAUCCCCACAUCCUGAGUCCAGGCGAGCUGACACCCGGCAUCACUGCCCUCGAAUAUGCUCAGCGCCGCUCCAAACUGGCCAACAAGCUUCCGAAAGGUGCCAUUGCGGUGUUGGCUGCUUCCGAGGUCAAGUAUCGUGCUUCGGGCAUCUUCAAUGAAUACCGACAAGACUCGAACUUCUUUUACUUGACCGGGUACAACGAACCAAACGCAUUGGCGAUCAUCGGGAACGACGGCUCGGGCGAUAAUCACAUCUUUCAUCUGUAUGUCCGGGAAAAGGACGCCAAAGCAGAGCUAUGGGAUGGCGCACGAUCCGGCACUCAGGCUGCCAAAGAUGUUUUUAAUGCCGAUGAGUCAGGAAACAUUGAGCGUGUCGGAGAAAUCUUGCCCAGCAUUGUCCAUGGCGCCACGGAGGUGUACUCGGAUAUUCCCACAUUCGACGGUUCACGAUCAUCUCUGAACCGGUAUUUGUACGGUCCGACAGUCGCAUCGGAGAAGCUCAGAAAGGUCGUCGAUCACCGCAGAGUCAGGCCAUUGAAGCACUUGCUUAAUGAGAUGAGGGUCACGAAGAGCGAAAAUGAGGUUGUGCAGAUGCGCCGUUUGGGCCAAGCAUCUGGAAGAUCUUUCACAGAAGCCAUGCGCCAGGAUUUCACUCGUGAGAAGGACCUCUACUCAUUCUUGGAGUACCAAUUUAAGGUCCAUGGAUGCGACACUAAUGCGUUUGUCCCGGUUGUUGCGGGUGGUCAAAACGCCUUGGCUAUUCACUAUACUCGAAACGACGAUGUGCUCAAGGAUGGUGAUCUCGUCCUCGUGGAUGGCGGUGGUGAGUGGGGAACCUAUAUUUCCGAUAUCACCAGAACUUGGCCGGUCAAUGGCAAGUUCACCGAUCCCCAACGGGACUUGUACAAUGCUGUUCUCAAUGUGCACCGCAGUUGUCUCUCAUUGUGCCGCGAGGAUUCUAAUCUCUCGCUGGACAAGCUGCACGGCAUCGCCGAAAAUGGAUUGAGAGAUCAGCUCAAGUCGCUUGGUUUCGAUGUUUCCGGCGACGCCCUGAACACUCUUUUCCCCCAUCAUUUGGGUCACUAUGUUGGUCUUGACGUCCACGACUGCCCUGGAUAUUCCAGAGGCUAUGAUUUGAAAGCAGGUCAAUGUAUCACCAUUGAACCGGGUAUUUACGUUCCCGAUGAUGAGCGUUGGCCGGCCCACUUCCGCGGUAUUGGAAUUCGCAUCGAGGAUAGUGUUUGUGUCGGAGAUGAACACCCGAUCGUCUUGACCCCGGAGGCCGUCAAGGAAGUCGAGGACAUUGAGGCCCUGCGAAAUUAG